UCAGUUUUAAGAACUUAGAUAUCAGCAACCUUGGAGCUCGACUUUAUGUCACUGUGUUUAAACUACAGCGCUGAUUUCCUACCAUUUCAAAUACGCUGUGUUUUACUGUGUACUGUAUAGUUUGGCCCUGAUUCCAAAUUAUGUUUGAGAGGUGUUGGUAGGGCCUGCCUGCUGUGGAAAUAGAGCAGAAAUGGAUGAAGAUUUAGUGGUAAACAAGGAUUCUACUCAAGGCACAGAUGUAAAUAAGGUGCAUCAUAAAUCUGAAACCAAGAGAUACAGUGAGAUCUUCCGAGAUUUUGAUAAUCUUGAUUUAUCCUUCCUCCCUUCUUCAGGGGAUGAUCUGCUGGCAGAGAUUGACUCCAAGCCCAUCUCAGCAGAAAGUGCAGAGACCACAGAGCAACAUGAUGUGACUAUAUGUGCUGAAUCCAAUGACGUGGAUGGAAACCAGACAGUCCAAGAAGCAGACUUGGCCCUCUGUCGCUGUGAUGAUGGAGUGGAGACAGCAUUGCAGUACGCCAAGUUGUGGUGCCGGUAUGCCAAAGACCUUCUUGCCUGGAUGGAGAAGAGAAUCAGCUUGGAACAAGAAUUUGCAAAAAAUGUAAUGAAGACAGCUGAAGGGGCAAAGAUCAGUGUACAACAGGAAAUGAUGCCAUUACAGUCCAUCUACACACAGGCUCUAGAGCAAGAGAUCAAAAAUGGACUGAAUGCCAGAAGGACCUGUGAUCUGCUGCAUAGUCGCUGUUACCAGGCCUUGGCUGCAAAGAGAAAUGAGAUUGAUCAGUGGCGCAGAGAAUUUAAAGAGCAGUGGGCAAAAGAACAAAAGAAGAUGAAUGAUGCAGUGACAGCUUACAAAAAGGCCAGGCACCAGUACUUCCAGCGCUGUGAUGAGCUAGAAAAGGCGAAAGCUGUCUCUGCUAAAGCUGCAGAUGAUAUAGUUGGAAGCAAAACACUAGAUAAGAGGAGGAAGUCUAAAGAUGAGGCCCAGAGUAAGGUGUUAGAGGCAGAGUUGGUGUACAAACAGAGUGUAACUGAGGCAAAGAUCCACCAAGAUGAGUUAGUGAAGGCCAAAGAGCGAAUCAUUUCACACAUUCGCAAGCUCAUCUUUCAGGGAGACACUGUGCUCAAGGAGGUCACAGUCAACAUGUUCUACUUCCAGCGCCAGCAGGCAGAGCCUGUUCCCCUUUGCUAUCACAACCUGGAAGAAACGUGCAGGGCCCAGGAGUCUGGCGUGCCCUAUCUCCAGUACAUUCUCAACAAGCCUCGCCAUGAGCAGGGUCUCCAAAAAUUUACCUUCCAGGAGUAUGUUCCUCAGGGUAAAGGCAACAAAAGAAAAACUGGCACUCUCAGCUCUCUAUCAGACUCACUCAUGACAGAUGAUAAGGAUAGACGAUCCAGUGAUUGCAGGAAAAUCGGGUAUAGUGACAGUGAGAGUAUCGGAGGCAGCUCGGAAUCCCUGUCCAGCCCUGCUAGGAGGCAGGGUAAAACCGCAUCCACUCUGACAGUGUCAUCGGACGACCUAGACGACCGGGAUGCAGUUUCAGAAUCAGAGUACACUGAUGGUCAGCCAGUCAAAGUGCGACAGAUUUCUCGAGCUGCACUGUCUCAUCGACUCAAGAAAAUGAAAAGUAAAAUGGUCAAAUGCAAGCAGUGUGAGAACUACAUUGUUGUCAGUGGGGUUGAAUGUGAAGAGUGCGGCCUGGCUUUGCACAGGAAGUGUAUGGAGGUGUGUCAGCUAGAAUGUGAGCACAAGAAGGGAUCUGUCUUUGGAGUAGACCUCUCUCUGCUGCCACGUGACAGGCCAGAUGAGGUGCCCUUUGUAGUGCUUCGCUGCACAUCUGAGAUUGAGAGCCGUGCUCUCUCUGUCCAGGGGGUGUAUCGUGUGAGUGGAUCCAAGCCUCGCAUUCAGAAGCUUUUCCACACCUUUGAAACACAAAAAGAGCAGGUGGACCUCUCAGACCUCUCACCACAUGAUAUUACCUCUGUCCUUAAGCACUUCUUUAAAGAGCUCCCCGAACCCUUAUUAACAUUUGACCUGUACAAUGAUUUCAUCACGGUGGGAAAAGCUAUUCAGCACCUGAAUGAUGGGGAUAUGUCACCAGAGCCUAAGGAGAUCAUGGACAUCAUUGACAACCUGCAAAGGCUACUAGAGAAACUUCCUCCAUAUUGCUACAGCACCUUGCAGCACACUUUGUCUCACCUUCAAAAAGUUUCAGAGAACUAUGAGAACAAGAUGUCUCCCAGUAAUUUGGGCAUUGUUUUUGGGCCAACGUUAUUGCGCCCUCUAGUGUCAACAGACAUGCCAAUGAUUGCCCUCUUGGAGACCAACUACCAGGCGGUGCUUGUUGAGUUCCUCAUCACAUACCACGACAAAAUUUUCGGCCUGCAACAGGGAUCCCAUACACCCCCUCCCCCACCCCCCACUGCGCCUCUGCCAGUCACCCCUCCCAGAGCUUCCUGCCCUUUGGAUGGGGUAGUUUAUCCAGACUCAGAACAUGAAACCUCCUCCAAAGAGCGGCCACGCUCGCUAGAAAGUCGAACAAUCAAGAGAGAGUCAAGCGAGGGUUAUAUAUCUGACAAGUCUUCGUCCAAUGAGGCAGUGGACCAGCUCAGCACUGAAGCCAAUGAGAGAGCAGUCCUGGCUAUGAGAGAGGUAUCAAGUGAUCCUCAGUAUGAGUCGGUAGGAGAAGCUACCUCCGAUUUAGGGGUCCAGCCAUACUACCGUUUCACCAGACAGCCUGUGAAGUAUCACCGACAUCAUAAUCCAGGAACCCGAGUCUGCAACCCAGGUCGUGUAGCCAGACAGGCUGCACCUCAAGUGAGGAGCCACACAGGAAGUGCAGACAGCAGCCGCAGCUCCUCUCCAGAGCCAGGGGCACAAAGACUCUCCCAGAACAUAGAUAUCCACUAUGAGAACACUCUCGAGCCACAGCAGGUCACCUUUGCCACAGAGAGUAAAAUGGAUGUCCCACCAAGCCCUCGUGAGGUUGUGCAGUACAUGCUGGGCCUGGACUCUAUGUUUACACCACAUUCAGCUGCAACAUCAUCGGGUACAACACAGCCAUCUGCUAAGGAGGUGACAGGAGGGUGUCAAACAGAUCACAAUAUUAAUCAGAGCAGUAAUAAACAGAGUACUGGACAGAGUCACAACCUGUGUCAGUCACCUAAGACAAUUCCUGUUGAGAAAAAUAUUACCUCACCAGCCCAGAAGAUCCUGUCUGGUCUAAAGCUGAGACGCAGCCACUCAGGGAAGGAUGAGCAGCUCUUUGUCUGAGGAAAGAUAAAAAUCUGCUGACGGUUCACUGAAAUGCAUUCACACACAGCAGAGGACUUUGUUAAUAACAACAGAUGCUUCUAUAAAUAUUACUGUUAUUAUGCCAUUAUUAUCAAUAGAAAAUGUUCACAUUUUAGGCUGGAACACAAAACUUAACUGUCUUUAGUAACAAAACCUACUGAACUAACAUUUGAAACACAGGGAAAAGUUCAGUCCUGAUGCCUGGUUGGAUUACCACUUAAUCUUCUUUAGAUUUUGAUCUUCUGAUAAUCCAGCAGUUCACUAGGCAGACCAAACACAAGAUGUUUAUUAUUUUUUAAUUAGUUCUUGUGUUUUGAAUGUAAUUAGCAGGUGAGUUAAGAGAUAUAAACUAACACCCAAGUAUAAAUGUUUUUUCCUGAACAAACUGCAAUGAAUAUUGUUGUAAGAUAAUUCUGUUUUAUAUUUGUUGUGCUUUUCAAAUAUUUUCAAAUGAAAAUUUUUGUGGUCCAUGAACAAAUACAUUAUUUUGCCAAAAUUAUUCACUCACCCAUCCAAAUCAUUGAAUUCAGGUGUUCCAGUCACUUCCUCAGUUUGAAAGAAUGGGUCGU